CGGCGGCGGCGGAGUCUUGGCUCUCGCGGCCCGCCAUGGCCCAGGCCAAGAUCGGCAGCUCCAAGAGCAGCUCCAACGUCGCCGAAGCCGGCGGCCAGCAGCAAGCGGGUGGGGGGCAGCUGCGGGGCCGUUUCUUCCGCUCCACCUCCAUGGCGGACCGAUCCAGCCGCCUGCUCGAGUGCCUGGACCAGCUGGAGAGGAGGGUUGAAGCUUUGCGCGAUACAGCAUCUUCAAUGGAGCAGGAAAAGGAAUCACUUCUAGAAAUGAUCCAUGGCAUACAAAACAGCCAGGAUAUGAGGAACAUUAGUGAAGGUGAAAGAGAAGAACUCAGUCUGACUGCUAAACGCUUGAUGGGCAGAACCCUCACGGUGGAGGUUUCAGUAGAAACCAUCCGAAAUCCCCAGCAGCAAGAGUCCCUAUUACAUGCCACACGGAUGAUCGAUGAAAUAGUUGGCAAACUAUUGGAUGAUUUGGAAGACUCCAAGAGCCGCUUAAUGUCGCUUUAUGGUGCUUGUACAUCUGAGGUGCCAGCUGGACCUGUUAACCAAAAAUUCCAGUCUGUUGUAAUUGGAUGUGCAAUAGAAGAUCAGAAGAAAAUCAAAAGACGGCUAGAGACUCUUCUCAGAAACAUAGAAAACUCUGAAAAAUCCAUCAUGCUUUUGGAGCACCAGAAAUCCACCCUAAGGCACCUCUGCAACAAUGGGAAAGAUUAAAAGCUGUGGGAGAGUUACUAUAAGAAUAAAUAGUUCCAUAUAGUAAGCAAAAUCAAAUAAAUCGAAGAACU